UCAGGAUCAGCUGACUUGACGUGUGUUGUUCAGUAGUUUUGAGACAGUUUAAAGCUAGAUGUUAAGUGACUUAAAAUAUAUUAAGCUUUUUUUUUUUUGCAGUAUCACACUAAAGUAAGUAGUUAGCUAUGUUACGGCCGAAGGCGUUAACGCAGGUUCUCAGCCAAGCGAACACAAACGGAGUCCAAAGCACACUCCUACUGAAUAAUGAAGGUUCACUUCUGGCCUACUCUGGGUAUGGAGACACUGACGCACGAGUGACAGCUGCCAUCGCAAGCAACAUCUGGGCAGCCUACGACAAGAACGGCCACCAAGCCUUCAAUGAAGACAAACUCAAAUUCAUACUCAUGGAUUGUAUGGAGGGAAGAGUGGCCAUUACUCGUGUGGCCAACCUACUGCUGUGUAUGUACGCCAAAGAGACAGUGGGCUUUGGAAUGCUUAAAGCCAAGGCAGAAGCACUGGUGCAGUACCUGGAGGAACCAUUAACCCAAGUGGCUGCAUCAUAGUGGAGAUGUGUGUGUGUGUGUGUGUGUGUGUGUGUGUGUGUGUGUGUGUGUGUGUGUGUCUGUGUCGCUUCUGUCUGCCUGGAAAAGACAGUGUCAUAUAAUCCAGGUCUUUCAUGGACUGUUGUAACAUUCUGUUUGUUCACAAAGUGCGUAAUGCAUAAAUAUCUAUGAGUGUGUGAGUGAACGUGUGUGUAUGUCUGUGUUAGGGAUGUGUGUGUCAGUGUAUUUAUAAUCACAAUAUGGGGUUUUUUAACUCUUUGCCCUCAUUUAUGAAUCUGUUAAUUUAAUGAUCUGUUUCAAAAGUCCAGGCAGUUUAUCAGUAGGAUGUCUGCAUGUCCAACCGCUGACGUGGUUCCAUCAUCAGCUGGUCUCACGGUUGAUUCACUCAUACGCAGUUUUAGCUCAGACAUGUUGAGCAUUUUGGAUCCUAUCAGUGGCCUAAUGUGCAUAUUAUGAAGUGUAUGGAAAGUUUAAUGAGAAUUUCUGUCUGAUAAAAUCCCAGUAAAGAUUAUUUGCUACUUUUAGUUUCAAAGCUGUCAAAUAAACAAUUUUUUGGAUUAAUA